CCCACCCCAUCUCUUCAGCGCUGUCUGUCUCAAUGUACUAUUCCCGGAGAAAAAGGGAAAAAUAAUACCUUCAAGAAUUGGUUAUUCCCGUGUUUAAUCUUCCACGACCAGCCCAGGAGGGAACUGCCGUCAUAGUGGAAUGUGUUAUUACAAUCCGCGUUAUAUUUAUGAAUGUAUAUGCACAUGUAAGCUCUACCUACCAUUCGAAUUCAAAAGGAAUAUAAAACUGAGACUGACAAGCGGGCUAUACCUGCAAGAAACUGGAAACAUUCGAAGGAUUUUCGUAUUUUCUUCAUGUUUAGAAGAAUCAGAACCCAUUUAAGAAUGUGUUGGGGACUAUCAAAGCGCUAUUAGGAGCCUUGUUGAUGUGAGUAGGGGUACACAUUUCAGCAACAAAAGAAAAGACAGAGAAGGCCCUUUGGAUUGAGAAAAAACAGCAAGGAACAGCCAUCACAGAAACGGGGGACAAUCAGGAAAAUUCAAUUAUUUCGGGGAUCUAAAAUGAAAAUCGGACUCACAGUUUAGAUCGAGGAUCAUCUUAUGGAUAUAAAAGGAGUUAAAUGAAUACGGAAGCAAUGAAAAUAUUACACAUGUAGUUCGUUAAGUGUAGCCAUAAUAUUGUUUUAUUUCUCCAGUAUCUCAAAAGGCUACGCGUAGAGAAAGGCCGUUUUAAGGAAAUACACUAUUUUCCAAAGAGAUGUUUAUUAUAACUUUUGUCAAAAAGAUCCAUGUCAUUUUACAGCCGAGUUUUUGUGUCAUGCCGAGUUUGGGUCUCUGUCACAGGCAACAGUGAGACGUGAGAUCCGGGCUGUUCGUGAGAUGAAAAUAGGCUAUUUAUCCACUCCUCAAUUGAAUGUGAAAGAGGUAAAAGCCUCAAUCAACCUUUAAAACUGUGGAUGGUCAUCAAUAUCGGUAUAUAAAAACUAUAUGUGAAGAAGGAAAAGCCUAACAUAAUUGACCAAGUGAGAGGGCGGCCUGGGUGUCGUCAUCAACGGUCUCCUACCCUCUGACAGCAAGAUCUACUGAAAAUACGCAUUAUGUACACAUAAUUACAAACGCAGUAGGACAACGUUUUAAAACACAUUAGUUCGACGUAACACUAAACAACAGACCGUAUACAUGUCGUUAAUAUUAUUCUCAAUUCCGUGGGUCAACCGAGGGAUUUAGAAUAGUUUGUUUAUUUAUUUUUUCACAUUCCCCUCCCCUGGACCCUAUUUCUUGCGGGAAGAUGGGUUGUUUGGGCAACAGCAAGACUGAAGAUCAGCGAAAUGAGGAGAAGUCACAAAGAGAAGCAAACAAAAAGAUAGAGAAACAACUUCAGAAGGACAAACAGAUAUAUAGAGCAACUCACAGGCUACUACUUUUGGGGGCUGGUGAGUCAGGGAAGAGCACCAUAGUGAAACAGAUGCGGAUCCUCCAUGUGAAUGGCUUCAAUGCAGAAGAGAAGAAGCAGAAAAUUCACGAUAUCAAGAAUAAUAUUAAAGAAGCUAUUGAGACCGUAGUAGCAGCUAUGAGUACACUGACGCCUCCCGUUCAGCUCGCCAGUCAACACAACCAACACCGAAUCGAAUACGUCCUCAACCUAGUCAAUCAGAAGGACUUUGAAUUCACGUCUGAGUUUUAUGAAAAUGCAAAGACUCUCUGGCAGGAUGAGGGCGUGAGGGUGUGUUUUGAGAGAUCCAAUGAGUACCAGCUGAUCGACUGUGCACAGUACUUUCUAGACAAGAUUGACAUUGUGAAACAGAGUGACUACACUCCUACUGAUCAGGACCUACUGAGAUGCCGAGUGCUCACCUCUGGGAUCUUCGAGACCAGAUUUCAGGUGGACAAAGUCAAUUUCCACAUGUUUGACGUUGGUGGUCAAAGGGAUGAACGUCGGAAAUGGAUCCAGUGCUUUAACGAUGUAACUGCCAUUAUUUUCGUGGUGGCCAGUAGCAGCUACAACAUGGUGAUCCGGGAGGAUAAUCAGACCAACCGUUUGCAGGAGGCUCUGAAUCUAUUCAAGAACAUCUGGAACAACAGGUGGCUGCGGACCAUUUCUGUCAUCCUAUUCCUCAACAAACAGGACCUGCUAGCAGAGAAGGUGUUGGCUGGGAAAUCAAAAAUUGAAGAGUACUUCCCAGAGUUUGCACGCUACACCACACCGGAUGAUGCAACACCAGAACCAGGGGAGGAUCCACGCGUCACAAGGGCAAAGUACUUCAUACGAGAUGAGUUCCUAAGGAUCAGCACAGCCAGCGGAGACGGCAGGCACUAUUGUUACCCCCAUUUUACCUGUGCCGUCGACACGGAAAACAUCCGCCGGGUCUUCAACGACUGUCGGGACAUCAUUCAGCGGAUGCACCUUCGGCAGUACGAGCUCUUGUGAUGAGAGGGGGCUGCAACACAGACUCUGAACCUCCACCUUCCGGUCUCUCCCUGACCCCCCUAAAACCCACCCCUGUCGACCUGCUCCUAACUCGGUGUACUCUUGGGGACUCCUGAAGUCAAACUAGACAAAAGAGCUACAGCGUAACCUGGAAAGAGUAUUGAAAUACUGCAAAACACAGAAUACAUCCAAGCAAGAUCAGCUGAACUCCACUGCACUUUAGCACUGUGCUCAGGACUCGAACCCAUUUCACCACACACACAAGCGUGUACAUGCUGACAUAACACCGGACCCUCUUUCUUUCACACCCUCAGUUGAAACACACUUAGACACACUUGCUCUCAAAUUUAACCUCCGAUAACUGUUUGCAUACAGAAAAAGAACACACACGCUUUUAAUCGACUGCAUGGUCCUGAACUGGGCGAGCUCAGAGUCUUAGCUGCUUACUGUCUGCAGCCACAGAUUGACUGGCUCAGUGCUUUCAAUGACUUCACAGCCAAGAUACCUACUAGGAGCAACGUUGAUGACUGACAAUUAACCAGAGAAUCAUUGUGGUGGGCAGGGCUUGGGGGGAGGGGAAUAUCUAUGUCAAUUUGGUGGAGCUUGGACACCAUGACGCCCACAGGAUUGUCACAUGACUUUGCCUUGUUGGUACAGCAGCGGGAGGAAAAAGGCCAACAUUCACAGAACUCAACGGAGUGCAAAAAACAUAUACAAUACCAUAUAAGUUAAGAGAAGUCCGAUCAGCCCUGUUUCUGUCUCCAGUUGUUUUGUCUGUGUAGACUGUUGUGCCAUUGUGCCCCCCUCUCUCUCUCGCUCUCUCGCUCUCGCUCAUCACCCCUCCUCCCUGUCCACUCUCUUAACCUCACCUCAUACCCUGCACUGUUACUUUACUGGCAAUGCUCUUUGUUUGGUUUUUAAAGAAAAAGGUAAUCCUGAAAUGUAAAAAAGAGGAAGAAGAUAAUGUUAAAUGGGACACUAUUCUUUACUCAUGUGGUCACCACCCUUCACUCCCCUCCCUUCCAAGGCUAUUUGUAUGUCUGUCUUUACUUUACUGCUGAACUAUUAUUCUUGUACAGACUGUCAAAUGUAUUAUUUUGUACAACUUUUAUUGAAAAAAUAGAAGAUCCCUGUGCCUUGAUCACGACUGUACGUGUAUAAUGAGCUAAAGUGGGUGUUAUACUGUGCUGUAUAGCUUAACCAGUUUCCUUUGGAUUUUUAUUUCUCUCUCCCAACUCCCCUUUAUGAUUUAAAUGUUUAUUUUUGGAUCCAUAUACCAAAAGAAAGAUAAAUAUAUAUGGAUUUUUAAAAGUAUUUUAUUAGAAUCAAAGACACAAAUUGUACACUUGAUAUAGUGUGCGUAUUGCUAGAACUUAAAUCCUUUUCAAUUAGGUUUUGUUUCAUUAGUGACAUCUGUAAACAACAUUUUGAAGGGUGAGUGUUUAUUUACUAUUUUCUAUUUCAUUUUUAGCUUUAAGGUAAAGGGUGAUGAAAAAUAUCAAAAUGCAAAACAUUGCUUGUUUCUACAUGAAUCUUUUCUUUUGCUAAAGAAAACAACAAUCAAAUAAUUGUAUUGUUUUGGGGUCCUUCCUAGUGUUGCACAACAGAGGCAGACUGUACAGUAUUACAUUUUCACUUCGGUGCCCUAGUUUUCAUUUACUAUGUACAUCAAAUACAUGGGUUUCUACUUUCAGAAGAGGAGCUCUGCAAAAUAAAGGUUUUUGGUGCAGACAGCAAGAGGCCUGUCCUUACACACAAUCACAACCACAAGGACAAACCUACACCAGAUACAACCACAUCUCAUUCAUCUGUCUUUAGCCAGUCUUGAGUCAUGUCCACUGUACUUACUUAGACAGCUCUUGAUCUCCUCAUCCAGUGCCCUGUACUGUUACUUCACUGCUUUUCACAGAUAACCUUUUACCAUCAGUUCAAUUCUACUUUUUAUUUCAUCUAUAACAUGCAUCUUGAUUGUAUUCAAUUCAGUCAGUCUGUUUUCCAUCCAAGUCGAUGUCUUUUCUAAUUUCAUCCAGACACAGGCAUUCUACUUCACCACAUAGCUUGUUUGUAUACAUACAAACAGUUGUGGUUUAUGUAAAUGUUAAUAGAGCAUGAAUCUUUGGGGUAUUUCCCUUUACAUUGUGAUCUUGACCUACACCAUGACAAUUGUUGAUGAAUGUCUUUCUCUUGUCAGGAGUGUAGCUUAGGGAAGUACAAGAGAAUAAAAAACUGCAGUAAUUGAA